AUGGCCACUCAGUCGCUAGCCCCGUACAAGAAGCCCGCGCCCCUGAAGAAAGAUGUCAGCAAGAGAGACAUGACAAAGUUUUGUCGAUUCCACGGAGACUACGGCCACGACAAUAACGAAUGCAACAACCUGAAGCGGAAAAUUAAAUUCCUGAUAAGGAAAAAUAACCCAUACUUACAAAAGUAUGUCAAGACCGAUCAGAGUCAGAGGAACGACAAUAACCAAGACUUGCUACCUCCACUGGUAGAUGGACAUCUGCAAGUCAUCGUUGGAGGCCCGCACAUAGCUGGAGAUUUGGGUAAAGUUCGGGAAAGGUAUGCCCGAACGGCUCAGCACAAACAAGAAGAAGUUAUCCUGGCCAUAGAAGAAAGGAAGCCCAAAAUUCCACGAGCAGGAAGGCCUACCAUAACCUUCAGCGACGAAGAUGCUGUCAAAAUUAGAUUUCCACACAAUGACCCGUUUGUCGUAGAGGUCCAGAUAGCUAAUAAGAUGGUGGCCUGA